CAGGAAACGAGAAGAAGACGGGACGGGUCGGUCUUGUUGUUGUCGGUCGUCGUCCGCAGCACUUGUGCUGUGAAAAUGCGCAUCGAAAAGUGUUAUUUCUGCUCCGGUCCGGUGUACCCUGGACAUGGGGUGAUGUUUGUACGGAACGACUGUAAGUCAUUCAGAUUCUGCAGAUCAAAAUGCCACAAGAACUUCAAGAAGAAGCGUAACCCAAGAAAAACCAGAUGGACCAAAGCAUUCAGAAAGGCAUCAGGAAAGGAGUUGACAGUGGAUAACGCUUUGGAGUUUGAGAAACGCAGAAAUACACCUGUUAAAUAUAACAGGGAUCUGUGGGACAAGACAGUGGAAGCAAUGAAGAGGGUGGAGGAAAUAAAACAGAAACGACAGGCAAGAUUUAUCAUGAACAGAUUAAAGAAGGGCAAACAGUUGGAGAAAGAAGAGGCCAUCAACGAAGUGAAGAAAAAUAUUCACCUUAUCAAAGCACCACAUGCAGGAAAGGCCAAACAAAUGGAAGACAAAAUGGUGCAAAAGUUACAAGAGGACGUCGACAUGGGGGAUGAGGAUAAUUAAUCUCAUGCCCAAGGGGUUCUUUUGGUGGCGUGAAAGUGGAGAGGAAGUUGACCUUGUAUUAUAUUGUACUUUUGUUAUUUCCAAAUGGCCGGUGAUGGAUACAGUAAUGCAUUGAGUUUUUAACUGAUAUAAAAGGACAGAAAAUAUUUACCUAACAAAGAUCUGCCUCUAAAGCAGCAGCAAUUUACCACGUCUCCCAGUCAUUUUUUUUCCUGUGUGGUAGUUGGGACUCAGUCCUUUUGCAUAGUUUUAAGUUUAGUUUAACAGAAAUGCAGAAAAUGCUAGGAGGUAACCAAUGAGAAAAAAACAUUUUUUGGGAAUUGCUUUUCUUCUGUUUCUUAUUUUUUGUGACAUUAUACCUAUUAUAUACAUAUAUAUGGCUAAAUUAAAACAUAAGUUGAUGCCAAAAUGAAUGGUGGAUUGAAUAUUUGUAAGAAACAAUACGCCGUUUUACUUUUGUGUUAAUUUGGAUUUUUGCUGAUAAAACCUUAAUCUCUGAUGGUUGUGUUGGCAUGAAGAACAUAAUGGCAGAAGGGAAGGUUAUAUUGUAUAAUGCAAGCACAUCCAGUGUGUAACCUAUGGUGUAAGUGUAGUGCAUUAUAUGCCAUAAGCAAAAACAACUGUUAGGCUAUGUUCAUGAUUUCCACAUUUGUCAUCCAACCACAAUUUAAGUAAUGAAGUUAUUUGUAUCUUAAAUUAGCAAUAACAGACAAAAAAUUUGCACCCCCCAAAAAUAAAGAUACAAUUAUAA